CCCGGUACUCCGUAUAGAAUUAGGGAUAACAUUGUUAAAUGUUGAAAGGUGUGAUGAUUAUAAUUAAAUUAGGUCUUCUUUAUGAACCAUAAUAACCAAGUCCUUUUCCGAUUCUGCCCGGUUAAUUUUUUCUCCAAUUCUACCUUCCCUUCUCCAUAGUCCCAGUGGCUGCAACUUUAAACCCUAAGCCGAUCAACAUUCUUCACGAUCAAGGUCCGCAUACAGGCAGUGCCGUAAUAUGGGGGCGGAUAUUGUCGAAAGCGGACUGAAGAAACUUGAGUAUCUUUCUCUGGUUUCGAAGGUAUGUUCGGAGCUUGAAACGAACAUAGGUGUCGGGGACAAAGUUCUUGCGGAGUUCAUCACGGAGAUGGGCAGGACCUGCGAAACCGUUGAGGAGUUCGACCGGAAAUUGAAGGAGAGCGGUGCCGAGAUGCCGGAUUACUUCGUCCGGACACUUCUCACGAUAAUCCACGCCAUUCUUCCUCCCUUGCCUAAGCCUGGAUCCGACAAGGAUGAUGCCCAAGGGACCGAUAAAAGUGGCGAGUUUUCUGCUCUGAAGAUUAAGGAUGAUAAGGAAAGAAUUAAGGAACUGGAGAGGGAAAUUGCGCUCGAAACGAAGAAGAAUCCGGGAAAAGAUGACGAAAAAUACAGGCGGGAUAGAGAUGAUAGUAGACGAGAUAGGAGGAGAGAUAGGGAUAGGGACGAUAAAAGAAACAGGGAUAUGGACGAUAAAAGAGACAGGGAUAGAGAUGGUAGAAGAGAGAGGGACAGGGGAGAUCGAAGAGAAAGGGGCAGAGAUGCUGAACAGAAAAGUCACGACAGGGACAGGCAUGACGGGAGAAAGAGGAGAGAUUAUCAUGAAGAAGAAGAUUAUGAUGAAAGAGGUAGGGGGGAAGAUGAUAGAAGGAAAGUGAUUCACCACAGAUCAGAUGAACCUGAACUGUACAGUGUGUAUAAGGGCAGAGUAACCAGAGUAAUGGACACAGGCUGUUUUGUGCAGCUGGAUGAGUGUAGAGGAAAGGAAGGAUUAGUUCAUGUUUCCCAGAUGGCAACUCGGAGGGUUGCGAAUGCCAAAGAGUUUGUGAAAAGAGAUCAGGAGGUAUACGUGAAGGUUGUCUCAAUGAAUGGGCAGAAAUUGAGUCUUUCCAUGAGUGACGUUGAUCAGAAAACUGGAAAAGACUUGGUACCAUUGAUGAAGAGGAGUUCGGAUGAUGGUGGUGGUUUGAGGGAAAAGCCAUCUAGUGGUGCUAAUCUGGAAGGUGGGAUGACUAGGAGCAGUAGAAUCGGUCUUUCUGGGAUUCCUAUCAUGGAGGAAGACGAUGUAGCAGUGCCUUCAAGAAGACCAUUGAAGCGAAUGAGUUCUCCAGAAAUUUGGGAGGCGAAACAACUCAUGGCUUCAGGAGUCUUACCCCUCAAGGAGCACCCAAUGUUCGAUGAAGAAGGGGAUGGACUGUUGUACGAGGAAGAAGGUGCUGAAGAGGAGCUCGAGAUUGAAUUGAACGAAGACGAACCACCUUUCUUGCAAGGCCAGAGCCGCUACUCAGUGGACAUGUCGCCAGUCAAGAUUUUCAAAAACCCUGAGGGUUCCUUGAGCCGUGCAGCUGCACUCCAAUCAGCCUUAAUAAAGGAGAGAAGGGAAGUGAGGGAGCAACAACAGAGAACGAUGCUUGAUUCCAUUCCCAAAGAUUUAAACAGACCAUGGGAGGAUCCGAUGCCUGAAACAGGUGAGAGGCAUCUGGCCCAAGAACUUAGGGGUGUUGGUUUAUCAGCUUACGACAUGCCGGAGUGGAAGAAAGACGCAUACGGGAAAGCACUCACUUUUGGACAGAGGUCAAAGCUUUCCAUCCAGGACCAAAGGCAGAGUUUACCCAUUUACAAGCUGAAGAAUGAGCUCGUCAAAGCUGUGCACGAAAACCAGGUCUUGGUUGUCAUUGGAGAAACUGGUUCGGGGAAAACCACACAGGUUACACAGUAUCUAGCUGAGGCUGGCUACACUACCAGAGGAAAAAUUGGAUGUACCCAACCGCGCAGAGUGGCUGCAAUGUCAGUGGCAAAAAGAGUUGCAGAAGAGUUUGGUUGUCGGUUAGGGGAAGAAGUUGGAUAUGCCAUUCGUUUCGAGGACUGUACAGGGCCAGAAACAGUGAUCAAGUAUAUGACAGAUGGUAUGUUGUUGAGGGAGAUUCUGGUGGAUGAGAAUCUUUCACAGUAUUCUGUUGUGAUGCUUGAUGAGGCUCACGAGAGAACCAUCCAUACUGAUGUUCUCUUUGGUCUGUUGAAGCAACUGGUGAAGAGAAGACCUGACCUUCGGUUGAUUGUCACGUCUGCAACUUUAGAUGCCGAGAAGUUUUCCGGAUACUUCUUUAACUGCAAUAUCUUUACUAUCCCGGGGAGAACCUUUCCGGUGGAGAUACUCUACACAAAGCAACCUGAGAGUGACUAUCUUGAUGCUGCUUUGAUAACAGUCUUACAGAUUCACUUGACAGAACCCGAAGGUGAUGUCCUUGUUUUCUUGACUGGUCAGGAGGAGAUCGAUUAUGCUUGCCAGUGUCUUUAUGAGAGGAUGAAAGGUCUGGGUAAGAAUGUUCCGGAAUUGAUCAUUCUGCCUGUUUACAGUGCCCUUCCAAGUGAAAUGCAGUCUAGGAUCUUUGACCCUGCCCCUCCAGGUAAGAGAAAAGUCGUAGUUGCUACAAAUAUUGCUGAAGCUUCAUUGACUAUAGAUGGUAUUUUUUAUGUCAUUGAUCCUGGUUUUGCUAAGCAAAAUGUAUAUAACCCCAAACUGGGUCUUGAUUCGCUGGUCAUAACUCCUAUAUCACAAGCCUCUGCAAAGCAACGAGCUGGUCGUGCUGGCCGAACCGGACCAGGGAAGUGCUAUCGUCUUUAUACUGAAAGUGCCUUUCACAAUGAAAUGUCUCCCACAUCGAUACCUGAAAUUCAGCGUAUUAACCUCGGGAUGACAGUGCUUAAUAUGAAAGCUAUGGGUAUCAAUGAUCUAUUGUCCUUUGAUUUCAUGGAUCCUCCCACUCCUCAAGCACUGAUAUCCGCCAUGGAACAGCUUUAUACCCUAGGAGCACUUGAUGAAGAAGGGCUUUUAACAAAGCUGGGUAGAAAAAUGGCUGAAUUCCCUCUGGAACCUCCCCUGUCCAAAAUGCUUCUUGCCAGUGUGGACUUAGGGUGCAGUGAUGAGAUUCUGACCAUCAUUGCGAUGAUUCAGACAGGCAACAUUUUUUACCGGCCUCGGGAGAAGCAAGCACAGGCUGAUCAGAAAAGGGCCAAGUUUUUUCAACCUGAGGGUGAUCAUCUUACCUUGCUUGCUGUUUAUGAGGCGUGGAAAGCUAAAAGUUUUUCUGGACCGUGGUGUUUCGAAAACUUUGUGCAAUCAAGGUCAUUGAGGCGUGCUCAAGAUGUCAGGAAACAACUUUUGUCAAUCAUGGACAAGUACAAACUGGAUGUUGUGAGUGCUGGGAAGAAUUUCACAAAGAUAAGGAAGGCGAUAGCAGCAGGUUUCUUCUUCCACGCCUCUAGGAAGGAUCCGCAAGAGGGUUAUAGAACCCUGGUUGAGAACCAACCAGUGUAUAUACACCCUAGCAGUGCUCUAUUCCAACGGCAGCCAGAUUGGGUCAUCUAUCACGAGCUUGUCAUGACAACAAAGGAAUAUAUGCGUGAGGUCACUGUGAUCGACCCAAAGUGGCUUGUAGAGCUGGCACCAAGAUAUUUCAAAGUUGCUGACCCCACAAAGAUGAGCAAACGAAAGAGACAGGAGCGCAUUGAGCCUCUUUAUGACAGAUAUCAUGAGCCAAACUCGUGGAGGUUGAGUAAAAGACGUGCUUAGUCUAUUGUUGUGAUUUCAUCUUACAUAUGUUCAUCUAACUCUAGAGGAAUAUAGGUGUGUUAAGAAGAUGUUGAAACUCAAAAGAGUGUGCUAACUUGAUUUGCUCUUCUGUAGAAGCUUUUCUGUACAAAAAAAUGAGUAAGAGAUGUCCAUUUGUGGUUGCUUUUGCCUUGAGGCUAAUUUUCUUUUUGUACGGAGUAUUGUUUUUGUUUGAUCCCACAAAGGGAUUUGAGUAAAUUUGUUAUGAAAUACCAGUGGUGGCGAAACAUUCCUUUAUUCUGUUAUCAU